AUGUGCUUGAACAUGCAUGGUAACUGGCUGAUGAUUUUCUUCAGUGCUCUGCUGAAAUGCUGCCAAGGAGUUCAGAAUGGUAUAACUGAACUGUCAGAUGGUACCCUGGCCUUUUCACUCCAGGAAGUUCAGUCCAAUAGGUCUUUAAAUGAAGCACGCAACAGCUGGAGGCAUGGAGAAAGCACAGUGCAAAUAGAGCAAAGCCAGCUGGGUUGCAGAGAACUUCGGUCCACUAAGUACAUAUCAGAUGGCCAGUGCACUAGCCUGAAGGCAGUGAAGGAACUGGUGUGUGCUGGGGAGUGUGUACCCACUAACCUGUUACCCAACUGGAUUGGAGGAGGAUACUGGGCACGGCGGUAUGUUUCUGAUUGGAGGUGCAUGAAUGAGCAUGUGCACACGCAGCGCGUCAGGCUCUGGUGUCGAGAUGGCAGUACACGCAUGUACAAGGUCACUGCUGUGACAUCGUGCAAAUGCAAGCGCUACACGCGACAACACAACAAGUCCGACCUCAAGCCUUGA